GCUGUAAUAUUUUAAAUUCAGAUGUAAAUAGUAAAGAGUACAUUUGCGGUCUAUGUAAUGAUUAGAUAUAGUUUUAUGUUAUUUUUUAUUUUAUUUGCCAGAGCCGCAUUCAGGGAUAAGCAGGGAUUUUGUGAGAGGAAUGAGUGUAAUGAAGAUGAAGCGUCUAAACAAAAUCAGUUUGAUUUCAGUGUAAAACACAAUGCAGAAAUACCACUAACAUUAACGCAUACAUUAUCAGAUUGUCUUCCGCUCGAUGAAGUUGACGGUAACUUUAUUCGUACAGUGAAGAGUUGCGUGUUUUCUGAAUGUCAGCCCACUCCUUUGAAAAAGCCUCUGACAUUGGCUGCUCUAUCACUAGAUGCGUUGUGGAAUAUUUUGGAUCUGAAUCAGUCUGUGAUACAGAAUCAAGAGUUUAUUCAAUGUGUCAGUGGUGGAAAACUGUUUGCUGGUUCUGUUCCUCUGGCCCACAGAUACGGAGGACAUCAGUUUGGUUAUUGGGCGGGACAGCUGGGGGAUGGAAGAGCACAUCUGUUGGGUGAAUACACCAACAGAAAAGGUGAAAGAUGGGAGCUGCAGUUAAAAGGCUCAGGAAAGACGCCAUAUUCCCGGUCUGGUGAUGGUCGGGCUGUGAUUCGAUCCUCAGUAAGGGAAUUUCUUUGCAGUGAAGCUAUGUACUUUCUAGGGAUUCCUACUAGCAGGGCCUUAAGUCUGGUGGUGAGUGAGGAGCCUGUAUGGAGGGACCAGUUUUAUAAUGGCAAUAUAGUAAAAGAAAGAGGAGCAGUUGUUUUGCGCCUUGCAAAGUCCUGGUUUCGAAUUGGUUCGCUAGAGAUUUUGACUAAAGCUGGAGAGUUGAAUGUCCUACGGACAUUACUGGACUUUGUGAUUAAAGAGCAUUUCAGAUCUAUUGCAACAAAUGACCCUCAAAGAUACGUGGCGUUUUUCUUUAGAGUGGUUAAUGAAACGGCACAUUUAAUUGCUCAGUGGAUGGCUGUUGGAUUUGCUCAUGGAGUCUGCAACACGGAUAACUUUAGUUUACUUUCUAUUACAUUGGAUUAUGGCCCAUUUGGAUUCAUGGAAUCAUAUGACCCAAAUUUUGUUCCCAACUCAUCUGAUGACGAGGGCAGAUACAGCAUAGGAUCGCAGGCUAAUGUGGGCCUGUUUAAUCUCCAGAAACUUUUAGAGGCUCUUCAACCACUACUGACUCAAGAUCAGAUAUUAGAGUCUCAGGAAAUACUGAGAGAAUAUCCACAAAUCUAUCAGAAAAGAUUCCUUGAGCUGUUUAAAGCAAAGUUAGGCCUUUUGGAAAAUGAAGAUGAAGACUCAUAUCUCGUUGCAUUUUUCCUAAAGCUGAUGGAGGACACUGGUGCAGAUUUUACCAUGACUUUCAGACAGCUCAGUGAAGUGACUGCAUCUGAUCUUCAGAUCGACUCUGUUGCUCAGUCAAUGUGGGCUCUUUCAGUCCUCUCAACACAUGAAUAUUUCACAGACUGGGUUCGGCUGUAUUUACAGCGUCUGUCAAGGCAUCACAAUGAUUCAGAUGAAACUAGACAGCACAGAAUGCAAAGAAUUAAUCCAAGAUAUGUUUUGAGGAACUGGAUGGCAGAAUCUGCUAUCAGAAAAGCAGAGGAAAACGACUUUUCAGAGGUGGCGCUGUUGCAGCAGACUCUAAUGAACCCGUUUACUGAGCAAGAUGAGGCUGAGAGAGCCGGAUACUCCAGUAAAACACCGAUGUGGGCCCAGCAGUUGAGAGUCAGCUGUUCCUCCUAACCUCAGAUUAUACGCUUGCAUUUGGGUCAGGCCAAACCGUCUGAGUGUCUAUCAGAAGCACCUGUGAGUACAAACAAUGCUGCGUCCUUUAAAUGAGGCACUGCCACACACCCGCACAGCCAAUCAGAGAAGAGCUUGCACGGAGCUACACAUGGGGAAGUGGUUACAGCAACUUCCCCCGACUCUAUGUUGAAAGCAUUGAAGUUUCCAACAGGAAACAGAUGACACAUAUCUCUGCAACCAUCUCAGCACGGUUAAUCUUAUGUGUCUAUGCGUCAGUGAAUCAAUAAAACUGUACAUUCACAUUACCGUACAGGCAAAACAUUAUCCUGCAUAUUGUCUAUGUGAUGUAUCACCAAAGAAGAAAUGAAAGCAUGCAUUUGCAUCAUAUUGUUGACUUCAUGUGUCGGAACAAAUUGUUAUAUUUUUGACAAGUUUGAGGGGGUAAGACCAACCAAACCACAACAUUCAACUUUAUCCUACUUCAGGAUGAUUUUAAUUUGUUUUUCUAAGUGUUAUGGUAACAUCAAUACUUCAUAUCAAGGGUUUCACUCAAUGAUUUUAGGUUUGGAAAAGAAAUUAGCUCAGUCUUUCCAUUUGUUUCUCAAUUGCAUAUGUUCUAAAUUAAAUUUGGGAAAUCAUUUUGGACAUAAUGUAAUCAAAGUCUACUUGGAUGUUUGGGAA